AUGUUAUGGCAUAUAGUUGUAACAUUCCUGUAUGGUGAAAUGUUCGCUGUUCUGCUGAUGAUCCUUCCAUUCUUCUCAUCACAAACAUGGAGCAAAUUCUUCAAAUUCGGUAUAAUUCGGAGAAUUUCGGAAAAAUCAUCAUUCUAUUUUCGCUUAUUCCUUGUAAUGUUAGUAUGCGUGUUAGCUGAAGCACUUCGUAAUGUAUGGUCAUUGAGACAAGCUUAUGCUUCACUGAAAGAUCAUCCUCAUGAAAUGCGUCCAGAAACAGAAUCACUUUAUUUAAUGCGUAUGUUUCGUGCUCAACGUAAUUUCUAUAUUAGUGGAUUUUCAUUAUUUGUCUGGUUCGUACUGCAUCGUCUUGUCAGUUUACUUUCGGAACAUGCCAAAAUGGCAGCUUCUGAAGAGGCAAGUAUUAGACAAGCUCAGAGUGCAACAGCUGCUGCACAACGUUUGUUAGAUCAACCAAAGGUCACCACUGACAGUGAUACAGAAGAUGUAUAUCCUGAUACUUUAGAAGCAUUAAAAGAUGAACUGGCAAAAUUAACCAAGAAAUUCGAAUCUGAAGAGAAAGCUCAUAAAAAAACAAAACAAGAUUUGGAAACUUUAAAGAAACAAACUCUUCAAACUAAUAAUGAAUAUGAUCGUGUUACUCAAGAAUGUCAAAAAUUACAAGUAAGAAUUGUGUAUACAGAGAUGAUUUUCAUGUUUUCUAUAUGUGAGAUUCUAUAA